CUGCGUUCGACCACGAGACACUGCCAUCGAUCAACCCCGAGCUGGUUGGUCGCGACAAAUCAAGACCGACGUCGUCGAGCUCGACUGUGGCGUCGCUCACACACCAACCGUUGCAACGGCAGGGCAGCAAUGCCUCAAUCCAGCUGCCAGCCUUGUCGACCCUUGCUUCACUAGCACCGACCAGCCCCAGCCCCAUAGCACACAACAACGACGACGACGACGACGACAGUAAUGAUAAUACAAGGAGAGACUCGUCGAUGAAGAUGCCGUCUCCACCACGGGAACCCUCCAAUGGCUUCAGCAUGACCUACGCGACCGCCGCGCCCGCAACUGCUGGCGGACAGGGCAACUCGCCGCCUGUCUGCCAGAACUGCACCACGAGCACCACCCCGCUCUGGCGCCGCGAUGAGUCCGGCGCUGUGCUGUGCAACGCCUGCGGGCUGUUUCUGAAGCUGCACGGCCGUCCGCGACCAAUCUCGCUCAAGACGGAUGUCAUCAAGAGCCGCAACCGCGUCAAGACGGGCGGACCAGGGCGCAAGAAGGGCGAGGCAAUCAAUGGCCUUGCUGCCGCCCACCCCGACGCCGAUGGGCAGCUCGGCCUCGCUCAGCACCGCCGCGCGUCAGGCAAGAUAUCGUCUGGUCUCUCCGACCGCUCGCAGUCGCCAAUCUCGCGCACCGGCACACCCAACUUCGCCCACCCCUCCAACAUUGCGCCCCAGCACAUGUUCGAGCAGGCCCUGAGUGGCGAUGCUGUCUUCCAGUCUCCCUCCAUGCACGGCUUCGGCCUGCGCCAGCCCUCCCCCGGCUCCACAUCGUCCAUCAACGGCUCACACCUCGAACCCCCGCUCUCCUACGACUCGCUCGCCGCCCAGAACACCGCACUCAAGACGCGCGUGUCUGAGAUGGAGCUCAUCAACGACCUCUUCCGCACCCGCGUCAGCGAGCUCGAGACCAGCGAGAGCCAGGCACACGCGACUGAACAGGCGCUGAGAGCUGAGCUCGAGGCGACACAGCUGCGCGAGCAGGACUUGAAGAGACGCAUCGAGGAGAUCGAGGAGGAGAGCCCACGGCACAAGAAGAUGAAGAUGAGCGACCUGGUCGACGAGAGUCGGGCGGGCUCGCCGAUCAGCUCGAUGGUGGUGUAGAAUCCGUCGUUGAGUCGCGUUACGUCGGGAGGACUUCCUCCCGUUACGAC